AAACCUCGCCGUUUCCUUCUUAUUCCCUUCUCUAACCCUCGAAUCAAAUACAUCACAUUCCCAGGUUUCUCCGGCUCCCCCUCCCUUCGAUUCUCAUGGCCAAGAAGAGGAAGUCUGUCGCCACCCGCCUCGACGAAGUCGACCGGACCAUGUACUCCACCUUCUGCAGCGCCGCCAACUCCCUCUCUCACCUUUACACUCAGGCUAUGAACCAACAAAAACUCUCCUUCCAAGCUGGCGAACGACACGCUCUGGAAAAAUUAUAUCAGUGGAUUCUUAGACAACAAGAAGAAGGAUCAAGAGUGGGGACAAUUGAUAUAGUGACUCACUUGCAGAAUGAGCUUGAAUAUGGAGCAGAAGAGUCCCCAAUGUCCCCGAGGCAGCCAUUUCACCAGCAACAAUUCCAGACUGUUAUGCACACCAAUACCAUUAGCGCUUCCAUACCAUCUAAUGCACUUGCCGCAGCUGUUACAGGGCAGGCCAUUCGUAAUGGGCAACCUGAUCAGCAAGGAAAGAAUUCUGUUUUCUCCAAUGCUCUGUCUAGCCCCAUUCGUCACAGCCUCCAGUCAUAUCAGUUAGCACAGGGUGGUAGUCUUUCAAGUAAUAUCAUGUCAUCAGCGAAUGGAAACAGGAACACUGAGAUAGGGUAUCUUAGUAAUAACAGGGAUACUAAUUCUUCCAACUCUGGUGAUAGCAUGGACAUGCAUGCAGACAGUCCAGGUCAUGAUUUUUCUUAUUGAUGCUGAUGAUAUUGUUGGAAAGAGAAGGAUUACUGAAGUAUCUGGUACUAUGUGUGGUGAGAAAGGAUGAAAUUUGAUGUCGAUGUUACUUUAUUCUUUUACGUAUCGUAUGGGCCAGUUUGAACAUGUAAACUCAAUAGUAUUGAGGAAAAUAUUCUGCCACUAUCCUAAGUGAUUGAUUACUCCAAAAACAUAUUAUAUAAUGAGAGGUUUCUGGUCAUACUAUGAGAUAGUGUGUGAUAUCUGCUGGGUGAUAUUAUUAGCUUGGGUGUCUUGACUUGCUGAGCAUAUAAUUCUCAUUGAAUUAUAGUCCUUCAUUGGUUUAAAAAGUUUGUCCAUGUGUAAAUGAUGUACACAUACUCAGGAUUGUGCUCUAAAAAUCGCACUGCCAUCUGUUGACUGUUCA